AUGGAGGCUAAGCUACUCAAACCCGCGUUUCACAAUUCGCCAAGCAUCAAUCUCGCGAAUCAUUCUAGACCCAUCUCGUAUUUUGCCGGUAAAUCGAGAUUUGGAGUAGCUGGGUCUCUCUCCCUCCGACUCUCCGCAGCUUCGCCGAUCCGAUACUCGAGGGGGCUAAGGGUCGAUGAGAGUGAGAGCUUGACACUUGACAGCAUAAGACACUCUUUGAUUCGUCAAGAGGACAGCAUUAUCUUUAACCUUCUUGAGCGAGCUCAGUAUCGCUACAACGCUGAUACAUAUGACGAAGACGCCUUUGCUAUGGAAGGGUUUCAAGGAUCUUUGGUCGAGUUUAUGGUCAGAGAAACUGAACAGCUCCACGCUAAGGUGGACAGGUACAAGAGUCCUGAUGAACAUCCUUUUUUCCCACAAUGCUUGCCUGAGCCAAUCCUUCCACCGAUUCAAUACCCACAGGUUCUGCAUCAUUGUGCCGAUUCGAUAAACAUCAACAAGAAGGUGUGGAACAUGUAUUUCAGACACCUUCUUCCCAGACUGGUCAAGCCAGGGGACGAUGGUAAUUGUGGUUCAGCUGCACUCUGUGACACAAUGUGUUUGCAGGCAAGUAACUUGUCUUGCAUUGUUAUUACAACUGUGCUCAGUAAGAGAGACUUGAAACUGAGAAACUUUCAUUUGGCUCUCUCUUUGCAGAUACUUUCAAAGAGAAUUCACUAUGGUAAAUUCGUUGCUGAGGCCAAGUUUCGUGAAGAUCCCACUGCCUAUGAAACAGCCAUCCGAGAACAAGACCGGACACAGCUGUUGCGACUCCUGACGUAUGAAACGGUUGAAGAAGUAAUCAAGAAAAGAGUUGAGACCAAAGCCAGAAUUUUCGGUCAAGACAUAACAAUCAACGAUCCAGAAACUGGAGCUGAUCCUUCAUUCAAAAUCAAUCCUAGCUUAGUUGCAAAACUCUAUGGAGAAAGGAUCAUGCCGCUCACGAAGGAAGUCCAAAUUGAGUACUUGCUAAGGAGGCUGGAUUGA